GAAAAAGAUUCCUUCCCCAGAAAAGCAAGACACCCGCAAACCUCAAAAUGGCUCCUGGGCGCACGACGAAGCGCAGACGGGUGAGUCCCCCCGGUGACGAUGACAAUGCGUCCUCGCGACCUGCUGGUGCCGCCAUGGGCGACUUCUACAGCCAUGCCGCCGAAUGGGACCUCGAACAAGACUAUGAGCGCCGACCCCGCAAAGCCGGCAAGAAGGACAAGGAGCGCACCCGGUUGCCUAUCAAGACCGCGGAAGGUUUCCAGACUCUGGAGGAGCCGGAGCUUGAAGCGGAGGAGUCUGAUAGUUUCCUCGGGACGGAUGAUGACGAAGACGUGGAGAUGGACGAUACUGCGGCGGACGAGGAGGACGACGAGGAGGAAGUGAAGGAAGAAGCGCCCAAGAUCCCGUUGAAGGUGCAGAUCGUUCAGGCGAAGGAAGAGCUGGCCAGAUUGGCUACGUUAAUCAACGAAGACCCAGAGGAGCACAUGCCACUGUUCAAGACGAUGGCGGAGAUGGUCGACCCCAGCAAGCACGUUGCGAUCCAGAAGCUCGCACUCGCGUCGCAAGCGGCAGUCUUCAAAGAUGUCAUUCCGGGCUACCGAAUCCGCCCUGUCACCGACCAGGAGAUGACUGGCAAGGUCUCCAAGGAAGUGCGCAAACUCCGCAGCUACGAGCAAGGGCUCCUUUCGAACUACAAGCAUUACAUUGGAAAGCUGGUCGACCUCACCAAGCCGCAGAAGAGAGACGCCGCUGCCGUUGAUGCGGGUCUGAAGACGAUCGCAAUUAACUGCGCAUGCAACCUGCUUCUUGCCGUACCGCACUUCAAUUUCCGGACCGAGCUGCUCAAGAUCCUGAUCAACCGUCUUGCGCGGAGACAGGUCGACGCUGAUUUCGUCAAGUGCCGUGAGACAUUGGAGGACGUGUUCGCGAAAGAUGAGGAUGGCGUUGUCUCGCUGGAAGCCGUCCGUCUGCUCUCGAAGUUGAUGAAGGCGAAGGAGUUUAGAAUCCACGAAAGUGUUCUGGACACGUUCCUCAGCCUCCGUCUUCUCUCCGAAUUCGCCCACAAGGCCUCCAGGGACCGAAUCGAGCGCGAGCCCGAAGAGGAGACUUUCAAUGGCAAGAAGCCCAAGCAAAAACGCGAGUUCCGCACGAAGAAGGAGCGCAAGCUCCAGAAGGAGAGAAAGGCAGUCGAGAAGGAUAUGAAGGAGGCGGACGCGUUAGUUUCGCACGAAGAGAGAGACAAGAACCAGGCCGAAACGCUUAAGCUGGUGUUUGGGAUCUAUUUCCGCAUUCUGAAACUCCGGAUUCCCAACCUCAUGGGCCCUGUUCUCGAGGGUCUAGCCAAAUACGCCCACCUGAUCAACCAGGAUUUCUUCGGUGACUUGCUCGAGGCUCUGAAGGAACUCAUCGCGCAUGCCGAUCGAGACGAGGAGGAGAACAACACGGAGGAGGCAGAAGACGAAAAUGACGUCCAGCCUACCAGCACCCGGGAUGCCCACCGAGAAGCCCUGCUCUGCACCGUCACCGCGUUCGCGCUCCUGGAAGGCCAAGAUGCCAGCAAGGCCGCCGCGAACCUUCACCUGGACCUGAGCUAUUUCGUCAAGCACCUCUACCGCUCCCUUUACACCCUCUCCAUCAACCCCGACGUCGAAUACAACCCUGACAAAUCCUUGCGCCUCCCCGACCCCGACUCCCACGCCGCCAACAACAUCUACCGACCCCGGAAGAAGGUCAACUUCCAGACCCCGACUGUCCUCCUUCUCCGCUGCCUCCAUUCCACCCUCAUCUCCCGCGCCCACGGCAAUCCCCCGCCGGUGCGACUCGGCAGCUUCGCCAAACGGCUGAUGACCUCGUCGCUGCAGCUGCCGGAGAAGUCGGCGAUUGCCACCCUCUCCUUGAUGAACCAAGUGGCCCGGCACAACGCUCGCCGCAUCGCCUCGUUGUGGCACAGCGAAGAGCGCAAGGGCGAUGGUGUUUUCAAUCCGUUCGCCACGGACAUCGAAACCACGAAUGUGUUCGCGGGCACGGUCUGGGAGGGCGAGUUGCUGCGAAACCACUACUGUCCUCAGAUCCGAGACGUCGCAUUGGAUAUCGAAAAGAUGAUCAUGACGCGGAAUUAGGCUUGGCUGGGUAGGAGAUACUAGAUCUGUCUUUUUUCUUUUCAGCGAGUGUAUGAAAAGUCAUUAGUUUCCUAAUUGAUUGGCGCGGGCUGUCCGUUGCAAUAUCAUUGCGUCUACCCUACGGAGUACAAACUUAACUUUGCUGCUUAUCCACACAACAAUUCUC